CGGUAGCCCUGUGGUAUCUCUCGGCUUCCGUUGAGCACCGAGCAAGAUGGCAGCCUCCGAGACGGUUAGGCUGCGGCUUCAAUUUGAUUACCCGCCGCCAGCUACCCCGCACUGUACAGCCUUCUGGCUUCUCGUCGACUUGAACAGAUGCCGAGUCGUCACAGAUCUCAUUAGUCUCAUCCGCCAGCGUUUCGGCUUCAGUUCUGGUGCCCUACUAGGCCUCUACCUGGAGGGUGGGCUCCUGCCCCCUGCCGAGAGCGCGCGCCUAGUGAGAGACAACGACUGCCUCAGAGUUAAAUUAGAAGAGAGAGGAGUUGCUGAGAAUUCUGUAGUCAUCAGUAAUGGUGACAGUACUAAUUUAUCACUUAGAAAAGCAAAGAAGCGGUCAUUUAAGUUAGAGGAGGAUGAAGAAACUGAACCAGAUUACAAAUAUUCAAAGAAGCGUUGGAAGAGGCAAGAGAACAGUAACAAUGAGAAGGCCUUGGAUCUGGAACCAAAAGCUGUCACAGAUAAGACUGUCAGCCAAAAAAAAAGGAGAAAAAAUAAAGCAACUGGUGGCACAGCGGGUGAUAACGAAGAGACCAAAAGAAAACCACUAAAGAAAAAGGAGAAACGUGAAUAUAAAAAAAAGGCCAAGAAUCCCAAGUCUCUUAAAGUACAGGCAGUAAAAGACUGGGCCACUGAGAGAUGUAGUUCUCCAAAAGGUUCUGCUAGAAACAGCCUUGCUAAAGCCAAAAGGAAAGGUGGCGUAAACAUUGGCUCAAAAGAGAGUCCCAGUUUCUCCUCAGAGUCUGGGUCUUGUCAUGAAUCAAUCAGUGAUGGUCCCAGCAAAGUCACUUUGGAGGCCAGAAAUUCCUCAGAGAAAUUACCAACUGAGUUAUCAAAGGAAGAACCCGCUACCAGAAAUACAACUGCAGACAAACUGGCUACAAAACCAGGCUUUAGCCUUACCCCCAGCAAGGGCAAGACCUCCGGAACAUCAUCUUCUAGUUCAGACUCUAGUUCAGACUCAGAUGACCAGUGCUCAUUGAGCACCCCAGAGUGCGCUGCGGGUUUCUUAAAGACAGUAGGCCUUUUUGCAGAAAGAGGUUGUCUAGGCCCAGGGCUGUCAUUACAGACUGCAGGUGCUGCUGGAUGGAAGCGUUCUGGCUCAGAUGGUGGCGGACAGGCUCCUGGUCCUUCUCCCAGCAUAUCUCUCCCCACUAGUUUAGGAAGAGGUUGGGGUAGAGGAGAGAACCUUUUUUCUUGGAAGGGAGCUAGAGGACGGGGCAUGCGGGGGAGAGGUCGAGGACGGGGGCAUCCUGUUUCCUGUGUUAUGAAUAGAAGCACUGACAACCAGAGGCAACAGCAAUUAAAUGAAGUGGUAACAAAUUCAUCUACUAUUAUCCAGAAUCCAGUGGACACACACAAGGACUAUAGUCUGUUACCACUGUUAGCAGCUGCCCCUCGAGUUGGAGAAAAGAUUGCAUUUAAGGUAUAUUUUAAAACAACGGUUGCAGCAAAAAAGGAAGGAAAAAUAUUAAGCCACAAUCCAGAGACCCAGCAAGUAGAUAUAGAAAUUCUUUCAUCCUUACCUGCCUUGAGAGAACCUGGGAAAUUUGAUUUGGUUUAUCACAAUGAAAAUGGAACCGAGGUAGUGGAGUAUGCUGUGACGCAGGAGAGCAAGAUCACUGUAUUUUGGAGAGAGUUGAUUGAUCCAAGACUGAUUAUUGAAUCUCCGAGUAACACAUCAAAUACAGAACCUGUCUGAGUAUGACCUCUCCAGCUUAUAGUUUAUGAAUGUUUUGUUUGUGAAAGUGACUAUAACCUGAACUUUUUUUUUAAGAGGAUUUGAAAGUUGUUUGGAUUUUUUUGUUAUCUUCACUUUACUGCAUAGGAAACAAUCUACCUCAUCAUUUUAAAUGACAUGGGUGUCGGUUUUGUAGACUUUUGGUUUUUUUUGUCAGGUUUAAUUUCAGUUAACAUAAUGUAAAACAUGACAUUCCCUGCAGACAUUGUUGUACACCAAUGUGUAUGGUUUCUUCUCUUUUUUGAAUGUUUUUGACCAUCAAGUAGCAGUCGUCAGUAAGAGUUUAUAAUUCCAAGAAUGUGCUGCAUAUCUUGUCUCAAUAAGUUUUAGGUAACAUUUAAAAAUACUAAAGCAUGUUACUUGACCUAA